AUGAUCAGCUCUUCCUCUAGGCACUAUAUACAGCACCAUAUUAUGGCUCCCUCGGUCGGCGAGUCGAUCCCGCCCGGAGAUAUACAUGCUGUCAGUGUAUCAUUUCCCGAGUGGCAGCAUAUGGUGCGCUGGGGUCAGCGUGAUGAAGAGUUGAUUUCGAAGAUGAAGGCGGGCUAUCCGAGGUUCUUCAUUCCGCUGAUCGUACGCAAGCUGGCUGCCAGAAUCGUUGAGCGAACGAAGCAUUGCAAAGAUGGGUCGCAGGCAUUGCUCUUUCCUUGUGCCAUCAUGGCAAAGGCCUGUCAGCGGUUCUUCGCUUCCAAAGGUCAGCAUGAUGAGUUCAUCGUGUUGGCAGUUGCCCUGGACGGAGAAGUACAGCACCUAGACACUGGAGUGGCACAGCCCUACAGUGUGCACGAUGCCAUAUAUGCGGUGACAUAUCCUGAUCACCAUGCUGCGACUGCGAAGGCUUUUUGGCAGCAUACCGGACUUGGUAUAUCGACUCGGUGUGCGCACUUCUGGAUGGACACUCUUUCAGGCGUUGGUCUCAAAUCCGGUUCGGAGCACAGUACUGCUCAGGUCCUGCCACAUGCCGAAGCCGAUGAUGCAAAGCAAGAGAUACGUGCGCGACUCGCCGAACACAAUUCCUGCACCGAGUUGAAUAUCGGUCCCCAAGACGUGGUCCUGUAUCAUACGGGAAUGGCUGCGAUAUACCACAGUGGACGGCUUGUGCAAAGUCGGGCGAAGCAGAGUGGCCACCCCAAAGUCGUUGUGUUCGGUUUCUUGUAUGUGGACAUGACGAAAGUGCUCCAGAUCAUCCUCGGGCUCUCAGUAAAGCUCUACGGUCAUGCUUCGGACUCAGAUCUUGAUGAGCUAGAAGAAAGUCUGAGGUCCGGCACGCCAAUCGAUGCACUCUAUCUGGAGUUUCCUGGCAACCCCCUCCUGCAAUCUCCGGACCUUCGUCGGAUCUGGGCUCUAUCGCGAGAGUUCGAUUUCCUGGUAAUCUUGGACGAUACAGUGGCUACUUCCAUCAACUUAAAUCUCAUAUCCUGUUGUGACAUGGCUUGUACCAGCUUGACAAAGAUGUUCAGUGGUGCCUGCAACGUCAUGGGAGGCAGUAUCACCCUUAACCCACAAUCGAGAAACUAUCCGAUGGUACGAGAAGCGUUGAAGGCAAGCUAUAUCGACACAAUCUUUCCUACCGAUGCCUUAGUCAUGCUCAAUAACAGCUCAGACUUUCGAUACAGAGUCUUGACCGCCAAUCGCAACGCGGAGCACAUACACUCGAUAUUACGUCGACAUCCACAAGUUGCUGAAGUCUUCUAUCCGAAGCAGAGUACGUCCCAGCGCUAUUACGACGAGUUCAAGCGCGAAGAAGGGGGUUAUGGAUAUUUGCUCUCUGUUCGGUUCAAGGCACCUCACGUGGCCGAAGUCUUUUACAAUGCUCUUGACGUUGCGAAAGGCCCGAGUCUUGGCACGAACUUCACACUCUGCUGUGCUUAUACGUGGCUCGCACAUCCUACCGAGCUGGACUAUGUCAGACAGUAUGGGAUCGUUGAAGACUUAUUCAGAGUCAGCAUAGGGAUUGAGGGUAUCGAAUGGCUCGAGCGCAUAUUCUGUUAUGCCCUGGCUGCUUGCUCGUAG